AUGUCAUUAUUCAGACGCCUGAAGAAGCCGCAUCACAAGGAGGGCUACACCUCCCCGCCAGACCAGGCCAUAUACCGGGAGAGAGACAAGGCUGAGCCCUACAUGGGGCUAAACAGCUAUAGGAGCGAUGACAUGUACAAGGCUCUGGUGGUCUCCGGCGCGACCCUUCCCAGGGCUAAGAAAGGAUCUCCAAUGGGUUGGAAGAACGUAAGCCAGGCAUCAGAGCAUCACAGGAAAACAGUCACUUUAGAAAAAGAAGAUUGUGAAACAUUUGGACUUGAGAUUAAGACGUACGAACUACAUCACAAGGACAAAAACGCUGUGGAAAUGUUCACGUUUGUCUGUCGGGUACACAAAGGAAGUCCUGCCAUGUGGUGUGGGUUGAAAAUUGGUAAGUGUGUUUAUUUUUUUUCAAGAUAA